CGCCCAUUUUAAUUAUCAGCUGCAGACUGCAAUCUUGCAUGCAGGGAGUGCAGUGCAGACUAGUUUUAACAAAAAAUGGCUAAUUUUAAUCCAAACCCAGCUCCUAGCAGAAGAUUCAGUGUUAAGAGGAAUAUGAUAGAGGCCCAGUCUACUAGUAAUGAGAUGAUAGAGCAAAGAGAAAUAGGGAACAAAGUGACAAACAUAAGACACCUUCAACCACACUUAUCCAAUACAGCUGUCAUUGGACUUGUUAUCAAUAAACAAGCUAUACACUCAUUCCCUGACAAGAAAAAUCCUGGUGCGUACAGAUACAAAUCAGCAUUCACAAUACGGGACUCCCCCAGUGACUAUAUCAAUGUAACAUGCUGGGGGAGUGAGGCCUACAUCAGUAGUCUUUCUUCUUCAUUCAAAAUAUAUGACAUUAUUGAGAUCUGCAACUGUCAAGUGGGUAGUAAACCAGUAGGAGACAGCGAAGACAAGUGGAGCCCUUGGACACCAAGUCCCUUUCAACUGACGCUCAGUGAGACUCAUUCGUCCGUUUCCCUCUACAAUGGAGUCAAUCCCGAGCAGUACAUGUCAUUGGCUCACAUCCCUCUACGCUCAACCAGUGAUUAUUACAUACUCAGUGACAUUCAUGCUCACUGGCAGAACUUGGAUGGAUCAUACAUCAACAUAUUGGCUAUUGUUGGCAAUGUAGGUACUCCGAAGCAAUUGAUGUCAAAGGCUGGGAAGAACCUAACCAAAUGUGAAGUGAUUUUGUUUGAUGAAGGUUGCAACAGCUUUAGUCUCUUCUUGUGGGACUCUGAACUUAUUACGCUAGCACAAACGUGGAUAUCAAAGGAAAACAUUGUAUUUGCUGUUGAUGUCAAGGUAUCGUUUGAUUCUUAUAAGAAUGGGAUGACAGGGACUUGUACUAGUAAAACACUCAUAACCACUAACCCUGAUUCACCUCAAGCACAUUCUUUGUAUCAAUAUGCCCAAACUGUUGAAAUGGAUUUUGGUAGCAUAAGAGGAGACAGAGACACAACAGAUAUUCAUGAUAUACGUGAUGUAUACACGGUGAAGCAGUUAUCAGAUUUUAAGUACAACAGUAGGGAAAUGAGAAUGAAGGGAGGAGGAGGAAUAGUUUUUGCUUAUUUGAUGUCACUCGACAUUGAUUGUAGCGACCCACAGACCGUCAUUAGCUCAAGAUGUUCAUCUUGUAAGUUUCGUGUGAGUCAAGAUGAUGUAGCCUGCUCCAAUCAGUCAUGUCCCACAAUUGUCUCUGGUGACUUUGCUCCUGAAGUGGUGUUUGAUCUAUUCGUUACAUUGGCUGAUCAUCAUGGAUCUGUUGAUGGCGUGAGACUUAAUGGACAGGCUGCCAUUGAUCUCUUACAUAUUACACCGACUGAUUUUUUAUGUACUGAUAAUCAGCAGAGAACACUAUUGAAAAGCACUUGUCUCUUAGAAAAAUACAAAGUGUUCAUCAAAUCCUACAGCUUUGGAGACAAUAGCAAGGUGUAUUUCAACAUAUUGAAAAUUGAGCGUGCAAGCCCACGAGAGGCCGUUAUGCAUUUAUAAAAAUGAGUGAGUGAAGAAGCUAAAAACAUUUAAAUGCGAUAUCUUUUAAUCCCAUGGUGUGUAUUAUCUAUUAAAAUGCUCCUAUUAUAUUUGUGUGCUUUCUGUGUUGAUAUCAAAUCUUUUAAUCUCAUCCUUAUACCGAU